AGUAUCCUAAACUCAGUUGAAACAACUAGGUUACGUUAUCAACCAUACUUUAAAACUAAUUUAAUAAACCCCAAAUUUUAACCCUGGCGUCAACUUUCUAAAUAAGGGAAUUGGACAAGUGAGGGAUGGCUCAGUGGUUAAGCACCUCCACCCACGACCGGUAGGUCCUGGGUUCGAGUCACACUGGAGGGGAAGUGUGGAAACACUAUAAAUCCUCCUAAAUGGGUGGGGAGAAAAAAAAAAAAAAAAAAUAAGGGAAUUGAACUUUUACGUAAAAUAAAGGCGUGAAUUAAUUCUGGCCUUUAAACCUUUUACUAAAAACCCAUAUAUCCCUUUAAUAACGAAUGAACCAGAACCCUAUAUCUUGAAUCUCUGUUUUUAGAGAGUGCUUAGCAUAUUACCACGUUAAAUUACGUUAUAUAAUCCUCUAAAUUCCCUAUAGUCUUCAUGCAUUGAACUAAAACUUUGUUAACAAAAUUUACAAGAUUCAACACAUUGUUGAUAUGGAGACCAACAAGAAUUCGGACGCGGUGGCGAUUACUGCAGAGAAAUUAGGAACACAAAGUGCGGUUGCAAGUGAAAAUGAAUUGGAAAUACCCUUGUUAGAAGAUGUACUAAUGGCUGAAAAACCACAGAAAACACCAGCACAAAAGGUUAUAAGAAAAACAUUCAAGAAAACAGCCCUUUUAUCAAAUCUUCUGCCUUCAGGUUCAGUUCUUGCAUUCCAAAUAUUGUCACCAGUUAUAACACAUGGAGGCCAAUGUCAUUCAUCAAUUAGCCAUUCCAUGACAUUAGGCCUUUUAGGCUUUUGCGCGAUUUCUUGUUUUAUCCUCUGUUUUACGGACAGUUUUCGAGAUGAAAGAGGCAAAGUCCGUUAUGGAUUGGCUACAUUCAGUGGCCUGUUGAUUAUUGAUGGAUCACGCCCUCCUGAAGAUGCAGAAAAGUACAAGCUGAAAUUUUUGGAUUUCUUUCAUGCCCUUUUGUCAAUACUUGUUUUUGGUGCUGUCGCGACGUUUGAUCAAAAUGUGAUCAAAUGCUUGUAUCCUUCUCCAUCACCAGAUGCUCAGGAGAUCCUCGCGAUAUUGCCAAUGGCUGUGGGCUUGAUCUGCACAUUGAUGUUCGUUGCAUUUCCUACCACUCGCCAUGGAAUUGGCUUCCCUCUUUCACGCCAUUAGAUUCAUAUUUCUUUUUUCGUUCGCAAUUGUCUAACAUAAAAGUCAAUAUCCAUUCUCCCUACACCCAGACAAACAUAUGCUAGGUUGAAGCUGGAUUCAGAAAAGAAUCAAAGAUCAGCAGCGGUGCAUAUAUGAUAUUUUAAGGACAACAAAUAUUGAACUAGACUGGUCUUUAUGUAGAUGUAGUCUAAGAAAGUGUGAAAUCCAACCAUCGCACGUUCCCCUUUGGCUAAACCACUCGAAUAAUAUCUAAAACAAGUCUCAGAUGCAGGAUCGCUAUUGGAUGACCCAUGUACUUAAUUCUUCUUGACAAUGUAGGGGGUCACAUUGGCCGAGGCCCGAGGGUGGUCAAUUGUAUCCUCUUUACCGGAAGGUUACAUUAUAGGUUAAUUUUUUUUUUUUUUAAUGUAUAUGUAUUAAUUGUUAAAUCUCAUUGUCACAAGGAAGGCUUUCAAUAGGAAGGGUUCCUUUUCUUUACUUGUUUCAAUACCUUGGGGCAAAUAUUCUACUCAUAUUAAUUUGUUCAUCCAUUCUCUCAAAAUUGCAUCCUUUGUUGAGGAAGUUCCUGAUCCACUCUCCGUAAUCAGAAAUCGUGAUAUGUGUGAAA